GUCUUCUUUUUCUUCCUUAUAUUUUAUAAUUCGUAUAGCUUAUUAGUAUGUGUGAUUUGAGUGACCCUCGUAUUCUUGAAACAUAUACUGCCAUCACAGAAGAAGGCACAACCAACUGGCUUAUUCUCGGCUAUAAUGAUACAAGAGACGUCAUUUCUUUAUAUUCACAAGGCACAGGUGGCCUAAGUGAAUUUCGUGAUCAUUUAAGUGACGAAGUACUUUAUGGUUUUGUUAGAGUAGAUGAUCGUUUUAUUUUGAUAACUUGGGUAUCAGAACAAGUCAGUGGUGUUCGUCGAGCUAGAGCACUUGUACACAGUAGAUCUGUUGCUUCACUUUUAAAACUUCAUAAUGCUCAAAUAACAGCAUCCACAUUGAAUGACUUGAGCGAUGCUAACAUCCGUACUCGACUUAAAUUGGGUGAUGGUCAAUUGAGUUCAAGAAAGUCCUCUUCUAGUCUUUCACAAAAGAGAGCUUCUCGUAGCUUACAAUCGCCUUCAAGUCCUGUACCACCACCUAUUCAACAACCUCAACAAAAGGAAGAUGAAUUUGUAGAAGCAAAUGAAACUCUCACUCCUUCUACUCCAGUCGUGGCUAAUCAACUUGUACAAGAACCUCGUGAAAACGAUGCUAGUUUAGAACUACAACAGCAAAAAGAACAACAAGAACAAGCAGAAAAGGAAAGAUUAUUAGCCAAACAACAACAACAACAAGAAGAGCAGGAGAAGAAAAGACAAGAACAGGAAAGACAAACUGCUUUGUUUAAGCAAAAAGAACAAGAACGCCAAGCUGCCCUUGCUGCAGCAGCAGCAGAAAAGGAAGCAAAGAGAGUUGCUGCAGAAAAGGAAGCUGCUGCAAAGCGUUCAGAGGAAGAGAGAAAGCUGAAGGAAAAGAUGGAAGCAGAGCGUUUAGCUGAAGAAAAGAAGGCUUUGCAAAGAAAAUUGUUGGAAGCCGAAAAGAACAAGGAUAUCAUUCUUUCAGGCUUUGUCUCGGUGCAACCUAGCACAAGCCCUUUCUGGAGACGUAGAUACUUUGUUAUUAAAGGAAAGAGUAUGGCUCUCUAUAGAGAUGAACUAAACCCCAAUCCUGUCACCGUGCUUGAUCUCUCAAGUGUUGUCAGAUUAAACAAUGUCAAUGUGGAUAUCGAGACAUUCGUUCCCAAUGCAUUUGUAUUAGAAACAAAGCAGAAUGGCUCAUACCAGCUAUUUGCUGAUGAUAAGAAAGAAUUGGAGACUAUCUUAACAGCUCUCCAAACUGUUAUUUAAUGCUAUAAUACUUAUUUAUAUACAUAAAGAACCACCACC